UGAAUUGGCGGCCACCAAAUGUUGCUGUCGCCGCAAGUCUUGUGGAACACUGGACCUCGAUCAUCAAGAUCGGAAAUGCGGCAGAGUGCUCAGGCUGGGGCUGGACGAGCUCACCAGACGCUAGCAGAGCCUAAAGCGACUCAGCGUGUUUGUGGCCGGACCGUUGUCCGGGGGUCGACCAGCUGUUCGCGUCUCCUGUUUGUAGGAAUAAUCCCUAUACUCCUACUGACCGAUCAGGUUGUCCAGGCAAGUGGUAGCGAUGUGACAACGCGACUCCAUUUCAGCAAAAAAUACUUGCCGUACAAUGAGACGAUAGACCUUCUGUCGAAUAUUGUCCGAAAUCAUUCUGCACUAGCAAAGUUAUUCAGUAUUGGGAAAUCCGUUGAAAAACGGGACCUUUGGGUUGUAAAGUUAACGACUGACCGUUCAGUUAAGCCUCCUCUGAAACCUCUCCUAAAGCUUGUCGGUGGCAUUCACGGCAAUGAGGCGUUAUCGUCACAAUUACUGCUGAUGCUUGUUGAACAUCUACUCGAUCAAUUCGGCAAAGACAGCCGGGUUACCCGGCUCCUCAAUCAGACCGAAUUGCACAUAUUGCCCAUUGCUAAUCCGGAUGGCCGUGAGCUGGCUCGUGAAGGAGACUGUGAUGGAGCCGGUGGAGAUGCGCGUAGUACGGGUCGAGAGAACGCCAACGGAAUAGACCUCAAUCAAGAUUUCCCCGGACCCUUCGACAGUAACCAGGACGCCUGGCUGAACAAGCAAAACGAGACGUUAUCCCUGAUGCGGUGGACCGUCGCAAACCCAUUCGUGUUAUCGGCAUCGCUUCACACCGGGGGUCUUGUCGUAGCCUACCCGUACGACUCACUGCCACCUCCACCAGCUGACCGAAAGCCAAGUGUCGUGGGACAGAAGAGUCCAUCCCCAGAUGAUCAGUUGUUUCAAUAUCUAGCUCAAAUCUACUCGAAGAAUCACCCCCGAAUGCUGCGAGGCAGUAGCUGUGACGAGGAGAGCAAUCACUUUGAGAAUGGAAUUACAAAUGGCGCCGAAUGGUAUGCACAGAAAGGUGGAAUGGCCGACUUUAACUAUGCCUUCAGCAACUGCCUGGAGACGACCUUAGAGUUGUCCUGCUGCAAGUACCCAAACGCGUCCCAGUUAGUCCAGGAGUGGAACGACAACUGGCGUAGCCUUAUCGGUUACAUGGAGCAGGUUCACAUGGGUAUUAAGGGAUUAAUCCGUAACCGGGACUCAAUGGCUCCUGUGAAGCAGGCUACCGUUGCGGUAGAGGGAAUUAAACACAACGUUACCUCGAGUCUUCGAGGGGAGUUUUGGCGUCUUCUACUGCCUGGCACCUACAACAUCACGGUCACAGCUCCUGGGUAUAAAACCUUACUUAAGCGGAACGUGUCAGUCCGCACAGGGGCGGCUACUACAGUGGACUUAAUACUGGAACCGCAGGUAGCAAACACGGUUCACAAGGAGUCGUUCGAUGACACCGACAAGACGAUGGAGAAAGAUAUCGAUGAUUUUCUCUUUGCCACGCCACCUGAGUUCCGGCACCAUAACUACAAAGCUUUGACCGACUUCCUGCAUAUGCUCAACGAAAGGUUUCCUCAUCUAACAAGGCUUACCUCUAUAGGAAGGACCGUCGAACAUCGCGAGAUGUGGGUUCUCGAAAUCUCCAACCAGCCUGGAAUACAUGAACCGGGCGAACCGGAAAUGAAAAUCGUUGCUAAUAUGCACGGAAAUGAGGUUGUUGGUCGCGAGAUCAGCCUCCUGAUGGCCCAGCUUCUGUGCGAAGGGUACGGCAAGACUUCGCGUAUCACUAAAAUCAUCAACAGUACAAGAGUUUUCAUCAUGCCAUCGAUGAACCCGGAUGGAUAUGAGAAGGCCAAGGAGGGAGACUACGAAUCGUUAACUGGUCGAACGAAUGCGAAUAAUGUUGAUCUCAAUCGUAACUUUCCCGACCAGUAUCUUGGUAAUCAGACCGAAGCCGGAAAGGAUAAAUUCGAACCGGAGACAUUGGCUAUGAUGUCAUGGAUAACCUCGAGGCCAUUCGUACUCUCCGCCAACCUUCACGGAGGGGCUCUUGUAGCCAAUUAUCCUUAUGACGGAAAUAUUGCUAAGGUCGAUCACAUGUACAGUGGAACUCCGGACGACAAUCUGUUCCGUAUGCUGGCCCGCGUCUAUUCGCGAUUACACCCGAAGAUGCACAUGGGUGAAGCGUGCGCCAAAGGCUUCAAGGAUCGCUUUGAUGAGGGCAUCACAAAUGGCGCACAAUGGUACAUCCUAUAUGGGGGCAUGCAGGAUUUCAACUACCUGCAUUCGAACUGUUUUGAGCUUACAAUCGAGAUGGGCUGUCAGAAGUUUCCGUAUGCGAACCAGUUGGAGAAAUACUGGGAUGAUAAUAAGAGGCCCUUGCUGAAAUUUAUCGAGUUAACUCAUAUCGGUAUUAAGGGCUUCGUGCGCGACGAGUCCGGCCGGGCCCUUCGAAACGUGCCGAUCCAUGUGAGCAGCAUCAAACACGACGUUAGGUCAGCCGAAGAUGGCGAUUACUGGCGACUUCUACAGCCUGGAACCUAUCAGGUUUCCGCUGUGGUUGACGGAAUUCAUGCUGACACAAAGUCGGUGACUGUACCUGACGACCAGGAAAAGCAGCCCGUAUUGGUUGAUUUUAAGGUCAACGUCGAAGAAGUCCACUGGGCGAAGGAGAAUGAUUUUUCAAUAGCUCAAAAUAUGGCUAGAAAGUAUCUCACGCUUGCGGAACUCAACAAUGAAAUGGAACUACUUCGUGCUGAUAACCAAGUGAUUUUCAAUGUGAAACAAGCUUAUGACGAGGGAAAUGGAAGAAGUAGCUUAAAGGUUCUUGAGUUCAUGCACAUCUCCAACGAGAUGAAUUCGGGUGCCAAGCCGCGCGUACUCCUCUUGGGAGGUUUGCGUAGUUCACAAGCUGUUGGCCGAGAAAUCCUCAUGAAGUUUGCACGGCAUUUGGCGGAAGGCUACCGCAAGCAGGUGAAGCAGUAUCGGGACCUGAUUGACAACAUGGUCAUUCAUAUUGUCCCGUACGUGGAUUCGGUCUGGAGUCCGGAAAACGGCGAUGACUCGGGGAGCUGUGACGUCUCCAUUGAUUCGAAUGACGAUGUUAAUCAUUUGUUCUCCGCUGGCAAUCGUUCUGAUCCUCGAGUUCGCAUCCUCAUCAAGCUGUUUGAACAGUUCGGUUAUGCCGCUGCGCUAAACCUCGAAAGUGGAGCAAUGGGUGUUCGCCUGCCGACCUUAAAUGAGUCGGAGACAGAUUCAGCAGAAAUACUUACGAAGCUGACGGAAUCACUUGAUGCAAUCGGGGGUAGCUGUUCACGGGGUAUUCCCGAGGAGCUACCGGGCUCCUUCCUCGAUUACGCAUAUCAACAGCAUUCCGCGUUUAUAGCCACGGCGUAUGUGGAGUGCUGCGCCCGUCCAUCAGCAAGCGAUCUCUACCAGUUAUACCAGCGAGUUCAGCCGACCCUGAUCCAGUUUCUAACGAGCGCAUUAGCCAUGUCAGUCGCGGGUAUUGUGCACAGCGAGCAGGGAGGAGGUAUUGUUCAUAAUGUGCAGCUAACCGUGACAACUAGUUCGAGGCCGAAUGUGCCUAUCCUAUCAGACGGGGCGUUUUCGUUCUUGGCACCUCCAGGUACACUGUAUAUCGCAGCGUCUGCGCCAGGUUACGAAGUCGUCUUAGCAGGGGUCACCAAGGGCCCCAGGCCGCUCCGGCUCGAUCCUCUCAUAUUGUCUAUCAACACCGAUUCUGGCCUCUUUGGAGGCUACGAAGGUGUUACCCAAUUGCUCAAAGAAGUCGAACGUAAUUAUCCGACCCACACAAAAUUGACGAGUCUGGGCCGGUUAGGUUCGCACAGCCGCGAUCUAUGGCUACUGGAGCUUAGCUCGGUACCUUCCGGUCCGCAUCACGCACCUCACCAGCCGGAGACCCUAAUUACCGCGGGUCACCUUGGCAACGAUGUGGCAGCUAUUCAGACAGCACUCGGAUUGGCUCGAGUACUUGCUUCGCGCUAUGGAAAAGAUAACCUCAUCACUCAAAUUUUGAAUACAACGAAGGUGUUCAUCGUUCCCAUGGUUGCCGUAGACGAGGUGAUUGACGCGAAGCAAACGGGGAGCUUCGAUUGCAGUCAGGCAAAACAUAAUUACUCUUCCUAUGAACACAUUUUUAAUAAUUCUUCAGAUGGUGUGAGACUGAACGUUGGUAUGUAUUCACAAGGCGAGCAUCCAUCGUCGUUGUGGUCUUUGGCAGCUCUUUCCCAGUGGCUUUCUAGCUCCUCUUCGCAUAUGGUGUCGUCGUUGUCGCUCAAAUCUGGCGCUAACGGAAUUCUGUUCGCCGGACGAAGUGGGCCGGAGGAAAAGGCCGCCUAUAAUCUGGCACGUUCGCUGCGUCGACUUGGCCUACAACUGCAGGAUAUCGAUCGUUCAGGACGUGCCUGCUCGUUCAAGUCGAUUCAUAACAGAAAGGGCAUUAAGGCAGCUCAAAGUGAUAUUCAGAGUGAAGCGUCUCUGGGUAUUCAGGGAACUUUCGAAAGCGCCUUGGCUCAAAACGGAGUUUUUUCCGUGGCCGCCUUUACGUCCUGCUGUCCCGUUCCUUCUGAGGAUCAACGCCGGAUGAUCGCAGAGGCUUUAAAGCCAGCUCUGCUAAAAUUCCUUGCUAUGGUACACGAGGGCAUCGAAGGUCGAGUUGAAACCGCGUCUGGAAAACCCCUCGAGCAUAGUCGUGUGAUCGUCGAUGGGGUGUCACUCAUUAAGCGCACGGAUCACGAUGGCCGGUUCUAUCUGCCGUUGCCAGCGGGACAUUACGCCGUUGAAGUUGUUCAAGAAGGAUUCUUCAACAUGACGAAAUUCGUCACCGUCCUCACCCAGGACCCUCACGUAUCCGUCGUGUUUAGAGUGGACGUUAGUAACUUUCUUAGCAGUGCCUGGUCAACAAUCGCGAUCUUCGUUUUAGUCUUAUUGAUGCUGACCGGCAUGUGCGUGCUGAUAGCGGCGCAGCAAUGGUUCAAUGGGACUCUAUUCGGUCGUGGUGAGCUACUCCGACGUAAAGGAUUUAUGCCAGUAGCGACUUAUGAUGACGCGCGAAACGAUGCUCUAGAGUUUAAAAGCGUAAGAAAAAUAUCGCCUUCAUCGUUCACGAUGCUGAAUGGUAAAACUCUCGGUGGUGCGCCAGCAGGCUAUAGCGACCUGCGAGCGCUGGAGCUGAGCAGCAGUGACGCUGAUAUCGACGAGAUUUACCGACCAGAGUUCAUAAAUGGAGGGAUUCGAAGGAAUAGAAAUUCUUAAUAAUAGUUAUACAUACGGAUAAAUAUAUGCAUACAGAGAAGGGGGAGUUCGUCGUUGAGUUCAUUGAUGGAGUGGCAGCUUAAAAUGUAAUCCCAAUAUGAAAAAUCAUUCCUCUCAUCCCGGAACGAGGCCGUGGAUGGAAUCACGCUGAGAUAUAUUAAGCCGAGACAGUACACGUAGUUCUGGGUUCAUAACACGACAACUUUAAUGCAACGCAAAGAACGGAACGCUCAGUUGAAUCAGAUGCUUCAACUGAAUCAGAUGGUUCAGCUGAAUAAGGUCAGCGAUCAUCUUCUCAGCGAUCAGUGAUAAAUAACGUGGAGAUAUUGAUUUUAGUUGUUUCAUCGACGACCGCUUUCAGUCCUCCUUUCGAGCAGAUCUCUCGUUAUAGGUCGUCACAAACAUGACAGAUUAGAGAAUACUAUUUCAUUAAAUUUUCUAUAGAUAUUUCUGAUUGUGGUUGUGGGAAUUUGGGUAUCUGUACCACAGUGGUGGGCAAAGUGUGGCGCUCAUGAAGAGGAGAAACGUUACGGUAACUUGUGACUACGGAUUCUAAGAUUUUCGUUUCGCAACACAAAUAGCACAUUGACUGCCGAUCAGAAAUAGUAGUUACUUAAUGAAAUGCGUUUAAUUAUUGAGAGAAAAGUGUAGGGGUCAACUCGGUUUGAAUGUUAGCGCUGUCCAGCGGCAGUGCUGCAUCAACGCCCCACGCGUUUUAAAGGACAAUUGAUGAUACCGAUAGUAGAUACGAAUAGUAAUGGUGACGAUGGGGCGGACAGGAGCAGUUCGUCUUUAGGGUAGGCGUACCAUUUUUGCUUUCGAUUACUCUUUUGCUUGGGUAGUAAAAAAGAAAAACACAACCAUAGCUAGUGUAUAGAGCCAUGACGUUUGUGUUGUAGGCUCAAUUUACCCCGCUACCCGUUACUGUUCGGUAUCGCGUCAUUCAUUAGAACGAGCUGCAUUGAAAACUGUGAAUCGAACGACGACGAACAUCCUAUCUGGCGGACAUGAGUUAAUUUCGGAAUUACUUCGUGAAUUAUAAAGUCCUCUAUGGAGUUUGUCUAGAAAAGGAGGUCUGACAAGUCUAGUGACGGCGGCGAUGACCGACAAUUUCGGCAGGAUCACAGCUCUGCCUGUGCAGAACGCAUCGACGAGAGCGCAUUUUCGUUGCGAUUUAAUCAAGCGGAAGCCGUUUGCCCAACAUUAGAACGGAGGUAAUGCGGAAAAAAAGUCUUCGUAGGUCUUGUUUCACCGAGCCUCUCCGAUAGUUUCCUUCGUCACAGUUGAAUCGCUACUUUUCAUGAUACAAUGCACUUCUAUUGUGAAUUUCUGCAUUUUUUUUUUUAAAUGACAAAAAACGUACAAUAAUGUACAGCGAGUUUCGCUGAGUGAAUGAUUAACAACAAUAACUUUUUCACACAGUUGAACAAUUUCAGUUCAAUCUUUACCCGAGUUCAACAUCUUCGAAAUGCUACAUCAUUUUAUCGAACCCUUACUAUAAUACAGACCUAUUUACACAUCGUGGACAUGCGCACAAAAGCCGGCGAUAACGAAAUCUUUGAGUGUUGAUAAAAAUAGCAGAAUUUUCCAGUAUUGUUACUAUUAUUAAUGUCAUAACAUUAUUAUGGAGCACCAUAUUUGUUGUUAAGUAUGUUUUGCUGGUGCUGCUCUUCUUGUGAUUUUUAUUACUACUAGCAUCAUUAUUAUUACUACCGUAGUUCUUAUAUGCCAACAAGGUCAACCGCUGGGGGUCGUUGUUUCGAGCCCCGUGGACGAGUUUACAUAAACAAACAACGUGAUACAAAGAAUAAAAAAAAAAAAAAAAAAACGCGCCGUUUAGCUAUCAGCGUCCAUGUCCAACGCUGUCUUUCAAUUAUCCUCUAUAUUGUAUAUUACUAUCGAUACGUACUUGUUUAAAAAAAUUAUUGCAAGAGUGGAUUCUGCCUAAUACUUUGUGCACCAAAGCAUUAGAUAGAUCGAGCAAGAGGUAAGCAUUUAAUCACUCGAACAAAAAUUUAUAUAUAUAUAUAUAUAGAAGAAGAAAAACGGAAAUUCGAAGACAUCCGUCCGUGUCUCAACGUUUUCUCUUCAGUUCACCGAAAUCACAGACUCUACCGUACGCAACGAAUCUUCUUCCAGAUACAAGCCAACACAAAACGAAAUAAAUAUAGUUAAUAUAGGACUUGUACUAAUGUGAUACCAGCCAAUAUAGAAUUAACUUUAAGUUCCAUUAUAAAUGACUCUGCUGUUGCUCAAGGA